AUGAUACCUUGCUCUGAUGAUGUUCGUCACAUGACGGAUGAAAGCUUAGCACCUUUUCACCGCGGAAACAACGUCACCAAGAAUGUUCCAAUAAAGCCAAUCGACGCUAUCGUCUUCUGGUGGAGUCGACCUUCGAAUUUUUUCACUAAACACUUUCACUCGAAAUGGAAAAGAGAACCUGGAACAAUGUGCGUCCAACUAGGUCAUCCUGGCCGUACGACCAGGUUACGCAAACCCAAGAUUCGUCCUUCUUCACGGUGGCUCGAGCCCACAGAAUGGGAUAGGGGCGACACGCUGCAGUUGAAGCUUCCCUUCACGGGCUACCCGAAGCCGACGGCUGUGUUCAGCCUCAACGGACAGCCGUUGCGUGAGGGCCGAGGCGUCAGCAUACAAAUGAAGGAGCGUCAUGCCAUACUCACUAUCGACAGUCUAGCGGCUGAGCAUUCGGGUCGUCUUACCGUGCGCAUGGAAAAUGAGAUGGGCACCGAUUCAGUUGACAUACAGCUUCAGGUGAACGACCGACCUCCGCCCCCGAUCAACGUGACGGUGGAGGGUGUCACUGACGGCGCAGCCACUCUGUCAUGGAAGAUGCCACCAGGCACAAAGUACAUCUCCGAGUAUGUGAUCGAGCGCUGUGAGGUGCCCGGAGACCACUGGAUUCGUGUGGGAACAUUCAGGUUAGUUAAAGAUAUUUACGCAUGCGAGGAGUCCGAUUGGGCUAUACCAAUUACGCUACUCUUCUUCUGCUCUGUGUGCCAUGACAAUGAUGCAGAUUGGGUGUUUUCAAAGCGAUAA